AUGUAUGACUCACCCGAAUUCGCCCUGUCCGUUGCUUGCCCGGUAGAGUGGUUACGUGCACCCGUUCACCUCGUGCCUGGCAAGGCACCAAUCCUUGGAGCCACCGCUUUCAAAAUAUGUGGAAGCCUUGGGAUUAGUACUGUUCAACCAGUUUGUGACAGCAGUGAUCGUUUCGGCUCUGUUCCACUACCCCAUGAAAUUCACAGGUUCAACGAAUGCUUUGGUGUACUGGGCGUUCUCGACUACAUCCAUGAUACAGCAAAGACAUUCAGAAGUUCGGUCUAUUUCAAGAGGCACAUCACUUACUUCUCCUUGCAGCCGAUCAAAGAAAUUUACCCUGAUAAAUAA